CACUGUCUGCAAUGUCUCCUGCACGGGCACGAGCUCUUCUCGGGCUCCUGGUCACACUCUGCACCCAGAGCCCACUACUGUCGGGUUCUAAGCCACUGUCGCCACGCAAUGUGAAGCUGACCUCGGUGGAUAAGGGGUUAAAUGUCACGUGGGAUCCACCCAGCGAGCUGGACCGACGGCCUGUUGAUAGCUACAGCAUCGGCUACGGGAAGUCCAUGAAGUCACUGUGCUUCGUCACUGUCGACAAGGACAGACGGUCAGAGUUACUAGAGGACGUAGAGCCUGGAGAACUGCAUUUUCUCAAGAUGAGUGCAGAGAAUAAGGAUGGGAUGAGUAAACCCGUCUACAGGGCAGAGACUCCAGGAGGGGGAGAGUGGGUGAAACUGGAUGGUUUUGCUGUCGAGCCUUUCAACAGAUCCUCUCCAGGCAGGAUGGUGUCUAUAACUUCAUCACAGAUUAACCCACGGCCCCCAACUCAGAGGACAGCACUAGGACAGCAGAGGGCCCCUCAGUCAUCCUCAGGACCAGAACCCCCUCAUCAAGUAGGAUGCGUCCCUCUGCGACCUCAAAACAAACACAGAGUGGACCUCAGCCAGCACCAAGCAGACCAGCGUAAUGCUAACAAGCACAAACUGGCAUCUGAGUCCGUCUAUGUGGUAUCACUGCAGGCACCCAGAGCCCAGGGGAGGAGUGCACCCAUCACCACGGCCACCAUGAAUAAAAAAGUAACAACAGAGCCGGAGGUUGUGGAUGAAGUAGAGGACAUCACAGUUAGAGUAUUGUCUCCCCAGUCUGUCCUUAUCACAUGGGUUGAUCCACUUGUUGAAAAGAAGAAGGAAAUACCAGGGGGAUCCAGGUAUUACACUGUGAAAUACAGAGAGAAAGGAGAAUCGGCUCGAUGGGAAUACAAGGACACCACUCAGAGACGUCUCAUAAUUGACACGCUCUCUGCGGACAGCAUGUAUGAGUUUUCUAUUUGUAUCUCGCAAGGAGAUCAGAAGGGAAAAUGGAGUGCAUCUGUGUUCCAGAGAACCCCUGAAUCAGCUCCUUCUGGCCCCCCAGAAAAUUUUCAAGUAAAACCACUUAGAGGAAAAGGUACUGCUGUCACCGUAACCUGGGAUCCACCUGAGCAAACAAAUGGGCGAAUAAGAGAAUACAUCCUUUCCUAUGCUCCUGCUAUGAAACCGUUUGGCUCAAAGUCAGUUAUAUACCGUGGCACCACCACCUCUGCUACCAUAGAUGGACUUAUGCCAGGUGACCGCUAUAUCUUCAAAAUCCGUGGAGUCAAUAGGAAGGGCCAAGGACCACAGACUAAAGCCAUCAUUGUUGCAAUGCCUGCAUCCAGCUCUACUCACUUAAGGAACACAGACAGCCACAAGACAAGUCAAAGUGCCUCCAAGACAUCAUCAAACAAAGAAUCAGACAAUCAGGAGCCAGAUGAGAUGGAAGAGUCCGAUACUCAGACCACAACUCAAGCGCCACCCACCAAUAGACGAGGACGCCCUCUUUCUCAAACAAGGUCCUAUCACAGCAUCUUCUCCUCUGUGAGGGGUUCUGUCAGAAACGGAGGUUCUAGCUCAAGGUCAAACUCACAUUCAUCCUCCACUCAUGCCAAAGAUAGAGAAGGCAAUACAAAUGAGGAAGAGAAGCCAACAGACAGUCCAAUAGAAGAGGAAAUCAGAGCAAAUGAGGCUAUUGAGGACACAAAACCAGAGAGCAGUAAUAAUGCAUCACCACAAACAGAGGAGCCUUCAAAAUACUCACCUGACACUAAAGAAUCAAAUCCCAAUCAGUCUGAAUCUGUCCAUAAAACAUCUGAGGACAAACGUCCUUCUUGGACCCCUCGCACAUCCUCAGUUGUUGAUAUUAGCAGAUUAAGAAGGCCUAAUUCUCGAUCAAGAAUGCGGAGUGAAGAUUCUUCCAAUUUGUCGCAAAACCAAGAGUCUGCAACUAUAAGAAAGGACCUAACAGCAGUCUCCUAUCCUGAGGGAAAGAACUCGUACAGCCAGAUAAGUGUCACAGACAGGACACCUUCAGUGAUCUCACCUCAGGAAACCAUGCCUGAACCAGUGAAAAAAUCAGAAUCAUCCUCAUCCAUCUCUUCUUCUCCAACAUCCGCUUCCUCCUACUCCGCAUCAUCUUCAUCAUCUUCUUCUUCCACCUCAUCUUCUUCAGGAUCUUCUCCUUCAUCAUCCUCACCAUCAUCAUCAUCAGGUGCAAGAAGGAUUUCCUCCACUUCAGGUCGAGUCACAAGUUCAGGAUCUGGUGCCAUGUACCCUAAUGGAAGAAGAGUUGGAAUUUCAACUAGAGCUCAGAGACUUCAAACAGGAGAGCACAAACUUGAUUCAUCAUCAACAUCUGCUUCUUCACAGUCCACACUGCCAAUGGGAACCAGGACAAACAGUCACGAUACAACAGAGGAGCAUGAUACCAACCACAAGAACACGGAGCUAGAUGACACAAAGGGUGAACAACCAACUGAAGAAACAAAAAAAAACUUUUCUGAUACAACUGAAGAGGAACACCCAGAACAAAAGGAAAAUUAUGAUAACAAAGAAGAGAAAAGCAAUAGUUAUGGUUCCACUUCCCAUUCUUCUUCAAGGACUACCCCUUCUACAAAAGGAAGAAGUUCACCCCUUUCAUUACCAAACCGAAAUUCUAGGAUAGUUUCAGGGAGUCGCAGACAAGAUGGGAGAAUACCGUGGAGUAGGACUGCCUCAUCUAUAGGUGCAGGAAGGCCAAUUAUUACAGGAUUUCCUUCUCGUUCUACUGCUGUGAGCUCUCAAGACACUAGCAAUAAAACUCAAAUUUCACCCACAACAUACCCUUCAAAGCAUGAGGUUAAUCCUGUCUCAAAUAAACCUAGUGUGCUAAAUAAAGAAACAAAUGUUGCAAUAAAUUACAACAAUCCCAGUAAUAAUGAAGAUGUAAAAAUUAACAAAGAUCAUGAAGAUGAUUAUCUUUACGAGGGAAGCAGAGAGACCUUGGACAGGCAAAGCAAAGAUGCCACCUCAACUGCUGCACCUAAAACAACAACAACUGUGAGUGAACCUCACAGACCUGUCCAGAACUUUGAGAAUGAAAGUGUGGAUAGGGAACAAAGUAGUACCAGUACCAGUACCAGUUCAAAGUCAAUUCCUUCAGUUGCCCAAAAAGUCCCUAUUUUGGCUUCUAAUGGUCAGGUCCGUUCACCUGUGGUAGCAAGCCGUCUGAAAGGUUCACGGUUCCCUGGUAGGGUGUAUCCAGUACAACACAGAAGACUGGGCUCUGUUUCCACACCGGGCUCUUCAUCAUCUUCAUCACACUCCUCUUCAGCAUCAUCAUCUGCCUCCUCUCAAAAUAGUCCAGCAGAAUCACCACUUAUCUCAGAUCGGGACACAGCUGACAGGAGUAAUACUAAUGUUAGGCUCACCCCAAGUUCAGUUUCUCGCUCUUCCCAUGGGCUGUCUGCUGGUGAAAGCUCUAGAGGGAAUUUAUCUCCUGAGUCUCGAAAUCCAGUGAUGGGAUCGAGGCUGCGGUCAAUUUCAAAGGAAAACACUCUUGUCAAUGGCUACAAACCUAGUUAUGAAAAAGGCAAAAACGGAUGGCCGAAUCUCACAGCUGCAAAUGGCAAAGUAUCCUCAACAUCUGAAGAAAAUUCGAAACCAAACGGAGUCCGACAUAUCACAGGUCCUGAUGGAACAAAAUGGAUAGUAGAUCUGGAUAAGGGUGUCCUAAUGAAUGAAAACGGAAGAGUCCUUCAGGACUCAAGGGGAAGACCCAGAAAAGUUGUCCUUGGAGAGGAUGGCAAGACUAUUUUUGAUGACCAGGGCAGCCCACUGGUAAACCAGGAAGGAUUAGCAUUAUUUGGUCAUGGAAGAGACAGUCGGCCUGUGAUUAAUCCAAGUGACAAGUACCUUACUGUGGGAGGAAAACCCAUCGUGGGCUUGGACCGCCCUAAACCAAGGACUACAACAACCACUACAACCACAAGUACAACACCAGAACCUACAACAACAGAAAUGGUAACAGAAACAUUGGAGCAGUCAACAUUAGCUGCUGCACCUACAUGUCCACCUGGACUUUAUUCUCGACUGGACAAGAAUGGUUUCCCAAUAUUGAAUGCUGAUGGAAUACUUAACUGCUACUCUGAAGAUGGACUUUUUGAGGAGACUACCACAACCCCAGUCCCACUUCCUACCACAACACUGGUUCCCACAACAGAGUCUCCUACAACAGAGCCUCCAACUCCUGAGACACGGCCUUUUAACAGCACCCCUUCCUCUGAGUUUGAUGUGGCUGGAAAGAAACGGUUCACAGCUCCGUAUGUAAACUACAUCCACAAGGACCCUGGAGCUCCCUGCUCCCUGACCGAGGCUCUGGAAUACCUACAAGUGGAUGUUUUAGCAGACUUGAUGGAGAAGGAUCAACUAUCAAUCAAUCAAAAGCAGCCACCCAAAAACAAGCCCCGUAAUGUUACUGUAGUUGCGAUGGAGGGCUGUCACUCCUUUGUGAUUUUGGACUGGGCACUUCCACUGAAAGAUGACAUGGUGUCUGGCUAUAUGGUACACAGUGCAUCCUAUGACGAUGUCCUAAAUAACAGAUGGUCAACCAGAUCCUCAAGUGGAACCCACCUUCCUGUUGAAAAUCUCAAGCCCAAUUCCAGGUAUUACUUCAAAGUUCAAGCCAAGAAUAUCUUUGAACUGGGGCCACUCAGUGAAACUUUAACGUAUGUUACAGAGUCAGAUGACCCCCUGCUCAUAGAGAGACCCCCAGGUGGCGAGCCCAUCUGGAUCCCAUUCUCAUUCAGUUAUAACCCCGCCCACUGUUCUUGUAAAGGAAGUCAGUUUGUCAAGCGCACCUGGUAUAGGAAGUUUGUUGGUGUCGUCCUCUGCAACUCGCUGCGCUAUAAGAUCUUCAUGGGAGAUGGACUGAGAGAAACAUUCUACAGCAUUGCUGAUGCAUUUGGCCAUGGAGAGGACCACUGCCAGUUUGUGGACUCCUAUCUAGAUGGAAGGACAGGACCACACAAUCUCUCCCUGAACCUACCCACAGCUCAAGGAUAUUAUCGGUCAUACAGACAAGAGCCAGUGAAUUUCGGGGCCAUCGGCAGGCGCACACCACAUCCUUUCGUUGGCUGGUAUGAAUGUGGAGUUCCAAUCCCUGGAAAGUGGUAACAGGGGGAAACUCCCAAGAGGACAUUUCCACCGGCCAUCACAUUCCACGUGUUCUGUCCCUAUAUCUCUAAGCCAAUCACAGAGGUGAACCAUUGCUCAAUAUGGCAACCAAAUCUAAAUCAUAUAGCAACUGCUUCUGAGGGAAGGAAUAUAGUACUUUGAGUAACACUAAUAUUUCUACAUAUUCGAUAUCAAGCACGUUAAAAAAAACAGUCUGUAUAUGAGGAAAAUCCAGCAUGUGUAUUUGAGUUUAUUAACAAUGUUUUAUUUUCAUGUGUUGUGUGAUAGUAAUUAUUUCACAUUCCAUUCCACCUGGAAUAUUUAUCUUACAGUAACUUCAAAGAAACACAAAUUGGUGGCUAGUUAAUUAUCAAAGCGCAAUGUCAAAUGACUUCGUAAUGUCUGGGAAGAUGGCAUUUGCAAUGAUGUAACAAAUUGUGAGUGAUAUUUGCUGUUGUUUAUAUAACUUGCUGAGAUUUGUACUCUUACAUUUUUGUAUUACCCUCUUUUUGAACAAAGGUUGGCAUGAAAGUAUUGCCCAUAUUAGGGCAGACUGAAAAAUAUAUAUAUUUUUAUUUGCUCAGGAACAGUUAAAAUUUGAAUAAAGGUGC